AUGUCUUUCUCGGUGAGGGGGGCAGAGGACAGACUGAACACAGAUGAACUGAUCAGCAGAGGGGAUGACACCUCACUGCAAGGCAUGGUGACUAUCACCACAGCUGUAAGAGAAGCAGGAGGAGGAGGUGUGGCAAUGAAAGCGGUGCUCCCGCGACUCAUUGACACCGCUGCCUCCGCCUUCAACCUGGCUUUCUUGGCGGCCACAGAGGCCGCAGCCGCAUCACAAAGACAUUUGUUAUUCACUAGAAAAUGUCAGAAUAAGCCUCUUAUUGUCUCUCAAGAAUGA